GCCGAAUUGAAGAUUUCGUAAGACAUGAAAACAUAAUUCAAUUCAUUUAUUUUAAUUAUAUUUUGCGCCGUUAACGUAUUCUUACUGAAGGUGAAUAAAAAUUGGAUGUAAAUAUAUAUAUUUAUAUUUUUUAAUUCACAUCUUAAACCGAUAUUUAAAAAAAUAUAUAGAAAUGAAUGAUGUGUCAACAGAAAACCAUGAAAAAGUUAGCGAAGAACUUAAUUCAAAGGAACGACAAAAUAAAGACACUAAAUGUCCUCGACAUGAAGGUGUUGAUGGAGACGUAGUGCCUUCAAAGUUGCAUUCCCAUUCCAAUGUUGUAGCUGCUCAUUACAAUCAUCUUGAAGAAAAAGGCUUAAAAGAAAGGUUCAACUCACCGAUUUUCUAUCUAAGAAAUUUUAAUAAUUGGGUCAAAAGUGUUCUUAUACAGGAACACACAGAUAAAAUACGUGAAAAAGAUUAUGGUAGACCACUACGAAUACUCGACAUAUGCUGUGGUAAGGGUGGUGACUUGAGUAAAUGGCAAAAAGCCCGAGUGGAACAUGUUAUUUUUGCUGACAUCGCAGAAAUCUCAAUUCAACAAUGUAAAACGCGAUAUGAAGAUUUACGUCGUCGCUUAGGAAGAUUGUAUACUGCUGAAUUUAUAGCUACUGAUUGCACUAAAGAUACAUUAAGAGAUAAAUACAAAGAUCCUUCGAUCAAAUUUGAUAUUGCAAGCUGCCAAUUUGGUUUACAUUAUAGCUUUGAAAGCUUAGGGCAGGCACGUCGUAUGCUAUCAAAUAUAUCAGAAUGCCUUAAACCAGAUGGUUAUUUCUUUGGAACAAUACCAAAUGCUUAUGAAAUUAUUACAAGAUCAAAAAAAUCACCAGAUGCUUCUUUUGGGAAUAGAAUCUUUAACAUAAAAUUACUAUUUAACCCUGAAGAUGGGUACCCUCUGUUUGGUGGGAAGUAUGAUUUUCAUUUAGAAGGUGUUGUCGAUUGUCCAGAAUUUUUAGUAAAUUUUGAACUAUUUGUUAAGUUGGCUAAGGAAUAUGGCUUAGAAUUAAUAUACAAGGCUGGAUUUGCAGAUUUCUUUAAAGAUUAUUCUGGGAAGUACAGAGAUUUAUUACAAAGGAUCAAAUGCUUUGAGAGCUAUCCAGCAACAGGAAAUAGAGAAUUAAUUGGUGAGGAAAAGGAUUAUGAACAUGCAAAAGACUAUAUGGCUAAUAGGUCAGACAAAACUGACAAUGUUGGCACAAUGAGCAAGUGUGAAUGGGAAGUUGCUACUAUUUAUUUAGCAUUUGUGAUGAAGAAAUGUAAAUCAACUUGGGAUUCUAAUGGGAAACAAGUAUAUGUCACUUCAACAAAAACUGCUCCCUCAAAAUAACAUUUAAGUAUUAUUUAGUAUUAUGUACUGAAUAAAUUAGUAUACAUUAAGGUUUAUAUACUAAAUAAAGCCUUAUGAUUUUUUUAAUAUAACAAUGUUGAAAAUGUUUACAAUAUCAUAAUAAACAAGACUGUUGAAAUGAAAUAUAAUAAACUUAUAUCAAAUUGUUGCUAGAAAAAAAAUAGUUAAAAAUAUGCUGAUUCUGUAAAGUGUAUCAAUGCAGAGCUACCAAGUCAGUUUUAACUCAGGACUGUAAGUUUUAGUAUGGUUUAUCUGAGUAAAAUGAAUAUAUUUCUUGUUACUGAUAUAAUUGUAGUUCAUUUCGAGAAAUAGUUAUGUUUUAAUUAAUUGGUAAGGGUCAGAAUUUUGAAAGUAAGUAACUUAUAAUAAUAAUUAUUGUAUGAGAAAUUUAAAGCAUUUAUUCUACCUUUUUUAUAUUUAUGCCAGUGUCCCUACCAGUUCCUACUUUUUGUGAAAUAUUUCUGGUACUUGUGUCUUUGUGCCUAAAGAAUAAAUCGCAAACAGGGCAAAGCUUCCAUUUACAAAUUUAGUUUUAAGGUAAAAUUCAAACUCAUUUCAAGUCUGUUAUAAUUGUAAUAAAUUUUUAUGUAAACA